UGCACCAGCAGAAAAUUUUCAACUCUCAAUUAUGUUUAUUUGCCUGGAGUUUGACUGUUUGGAAUCUAUAGAUUUGCUCAGAUGAGUUAAAAUUCCUAACACAGUUUUUAUAAAAACUUGUUACACCCAUUUAAUGGACCGUGAAAAUUUAAUGCUACUUAUAAAUUCAUAUGCAUAUCCAAUUUACUGCUAAUAAUUAGAUGAAUCCCUUCCUCUCGCUCUGGAUCAAUUCCAUUCUUUUAUGCUGUAAUGACUGGCUGGUGCUUGUGAUCGAACCGGUGAUCCCUCACACCGGGCCCACUUUUCGUCAUUUGAUCGUGUGCCAAAAAAUAUACUUGUUCGUUGGUCAUGAGAUGAAGUAGAUUGGGGGAUACACAGGAUAAUUAUAAUUGGAUGUGAAGCAAAUUGCUUUCUUAGAGAUAAAUUAUCAUUAAUGAGUCAGCAACAAGGAGCCCAGCACAGGUCUGCUGCUGUUAAUGGGCCUAACCACAGCAGACCUGAAAGAGAUCAAAGCAGUUGUUAUGAUAACAGUUCCAUACAAUCGGCAAGAUUUUGUUCAGACAAUUCUGUCAACACAGGCAUAGAUGAUAUCUUUUUCAAUCAUAUAAGCACUGACAACAUUCAUUAUGCUAACAAUAAUAGGACCCGGGAAGGUAAUGUGAAUAUAAGCAAAAGUGGAGGAUUUGGACAGCCCAUGCAUGAUCGUUUUCUUUUCAUGACAACAUGCCUUGUGGGCCGGCAUGUGGAAGUCCAGGUGAAAAAUGGAUCCAUAUUCUCAGGGAUAUUUCAUUCAACACAUGCCGAAAAUGAUAAUGGAGUAGUUUUGAAAAUGGUCCAACUGAUUAAAGAUGGAACCGUCAAGGGAGGAAAACCGGAUACUGGAUUUAAAGCUCCUAUUAAGACUUUGAUUAUCAUGGCCACUGAUCUGGUGCAAGUGAUGGCAAAGGAUUUACCUGUACCUGGAGAUGACUUAGAAAAUGGCUACGGGUGUGGAAAUAGGCAUGACAUUGUUACAGACUCCGUUCUAUCACAUGCAUAUCAUUUUGGUUCAGAGAGGGAGUUAAAACCUUGGAUGCCAGAGAAGGAUGCAUCUGAGGGUCUGGGCUUGGAAGAUACAUUCCAAAAUACUUGGAACAGGAAUUGGGACCAGUUUGCAACAAACAAAAUGCUUUUUGGUGUGGAAAGCACAUUUGAUGAAGAACUAUACACGACAAAGCUUGAAAAGGGACCACAGAUGGAGAGUAUAGAAAGAGUGGCUUCUCGAAUUGCUAGAGAAAUUGAGGGACAGGUGACUAGGAACUUUCAUCUAGCGGAGGAAAGAGGUACUCAUUUUUCAGAGGAGCUGGACUUAUUGGAUGAGGAAAGUAGGUUUUCGUCAGUACUUAGAGAAAUGGAUGAUGAUGUUGGAGAAGAUUAUGAAGAUGAAUAUGCUGAUAACAAUAAUGAGAAAACAUUCGGCAGUAAUAUUGCUUUUGAAGCUGUUGAUUUCAAAAAGAAACUCAGGCAUGCUUACCAACCUUCAUCUUCAGGCUCCUCAGAGGUUGAUGAAUCUUCUUAUCAGAGUCUUGUUUCUGAGACCUGUCCCCAGAUUUCAUCAAGUGCUGGUGACCAUUGGGAAUUCAGAACUGGAAAAUUUGACCAGAUCCCUUCUCAGGUUGGGGAUAAAACUGGCAGGGAAAUAAUUGAGUCAAAUUUGCAAGAUGAUGUGAUAUUGAGUAAGGGACAGCUCAGAAAUAAUGACCGGGAAGUGUUUUUGGAGGUUUUACAGAACAAAGUUAAGGCUCUUGAGUUGCCCUCUAAAAUAAAAGUCAAUGGAGACAAGCUGAUUUUGAAGGAUCAACAGCAAGCAUUUUUGUCAAAAGAAGAGAAGUCAUUACUUACUGCAUCAUCAAGAUCAAAUCUUCCUCAAACAGCAGCUGCUUGUGCCCCUCCUGCUUCUGCUCUUCCAAUGCCUACAAGCUUAAGUGGUUCUGUAGCUACUUCUAGCAUACAUGCAGGGUCUGAAAGCACAAGUCAUACGACAGAACUGUCACAAAUUAAAACCAGUAAAUGUUCAGUGGUUGUUCCACCCAUUAACUCACAAGAACAAUUUCCAUUCGGUAGAAUGGGAAUCUUAUCCUCUUUAGCUACAGACUUGCCAUCCACUAACCCUGUGUCUAAAGCUUCAUCAGGCUCAUCUAUAGAAUCUACUUCUUCAGAAAAGUUGACACUUAAUCCUUAUGCAAAGGAAUUCAAACUCAAUCCAAAUGCUAAGAGUUUCACUUCAUACUAUACUGGCAUACGAUCAUCAUCUCCUGUAGCCCAAGGUCCUUUACAUAUGCCAAUUGGUGUUCCUCCAGUUCUACAUAUGCAAUCUCUACCUGUGAUAUUUGGAGAAAGUUCCUUGACACAGCAACCAAAACAAUCUGCAAGUAUUGGCCCUUACAAUAAUGCCUUAACUGCUUCAGGAGUCACAACAAGUACCUAUCUGCAACCUGCAGCUAUUCUUUCCCCCAGUAUGUCAGGCACUAAUAUAUUGUCAAGCUUUCCUGCACAAUCUGCUGUCAGAAUUUCUGCAGGACAACAGGUUGGACAAUCUGUCAAUGUACACCAGUCCAUUGUGUAUAAUUCACAGUCACUUCCAAUGCACUCCGCAUCAGCUUAUAUCCACCAAAAUGGCCAAUUGUAUCCACAACAGAUGAUGUUUGGUCAACAUGGACAAGCUGUUUAUAUAACACCAUUUCCUCAGGAUGCAAGAACCACCUCUUCCCCAAAGGUUGAUUUAAGCUUGUGCAACUUUUCAGUGGGGUCAACAAUCUAACCAUUAUGGAGCUGCAGUUUAGUCGAUACCAGUUCAUGGAUAUACAACAAACAAUAUACUCAUCAGAAGGCUCCUUAUCCUACCAGCAGCUUUAAAGUUUUUGAUGGGAGUUGAAAAUUUGAAACUAAUAAUUGCUGCAUGGUAAUGUUUAUGAUAUUAAAGGAAAAUUGAUAGAUGGGAAGUACAUGGAAGGAAAAAUUCGCUUGUAGAGAAGGAAAUGCUAUAAAACAUUUUGAUUUUCAUUGUUUUCCAAUCUAGUUGUGAUGAUUUAGGAGGAAAACCAGAUUUCUGAAGACUUCUAAAAAAUAAGGUAUAGCAUCAAAAUCUUGUAUAGUAUUUUUUCUUGUGUGGAUUUUGAAUGUUUAUUUCCUACUGCAUUUUAUAGUUUAUUUUGGUAUAUACCAUGAACUGAAGACCUUUUAAGGGCUGAUA